AUGAGCGGCUGGGUUGCAUACAUCCAAACUCUGACUGACAGCUGCAAUGUCAUCUCCAGAGCUGCAAUUGUUGGACUUACUGAUGGAGGGAGUGUUUGGGCUAGAACGGAAGGUGACAAAGAAUUUAAGGCUACUGAGUCGGAACUCAAGAAGUUUGUUGGUCUCUUUGACAAUCUUGAUAGUGUUCCAGGAACUGGCGCAGAUCUAGAAGGUGUUCACUACAUUGUACCGAGAACUGAGGAGAACCUCAUUUUUGGCAAGAAGGACAAGACUGGGUUUGUCUUCAGUUCACGAUCUAUUUAUUUUUCAAAUCUUAGGUUCUUUGCUGCUAAAACCAAGUCAGCAGUGUUGAUUGCUAUUUAUGAGGGUGAAGCGGCUGCUGGUGCUGAUGUUCGUGGGGCUAUCGAAUCUUUGGCAGAAUUCUUGGAGAAAGCAGGAUACUGA